AGUACCAGCAGUUUUCACUGCAAGGGUUCCCGUGUUUAUUAGGGGAAAUGAUUAAAGUUGUUCCAAAGGAAACAUGACAAAACACCAUUUGAGCUCAUUUAUCAGUGAUCAUCAAUCCCAAAAGGAAAUAUAUUCAGACUGUUCAUAGCAAACCAAGUAACCAUAGUUUUAACUCGAAACAGUAUAAGUGACAUAAGAAGAUUGAUGCAGAAAAGCACACAGGAGUCCUCAAUAUCUCUUGAUAUCUCUAUUUCUUGAUAUAAUAGGAUAUAGCUGUUUACAAAGUUAAAAAUACUGAAGGACAUCAAUACUUCAACACUUUGUUUCUUAAAAUAGCUUUUAUUUCAUUGUGGGAUAACUCGUGAAAUCUGGUAGUGAUGUGUGCGUGUAAACAGGCUGAUUCAGAACAUCUCACCCUUCAUGUGGCUGAUGGGUUAAAGGUGGAGCUCAAACUUUCACUGUCGUACAGGUAAAGACUGAUGUACUUCAACACGUCUGGAUUUGUGACUUACCUGCUGACGGGGUCUGUUUUAGCUCCAAAUAACAUCCAGGUGUUGUUUGACAGGAGCCGAGGAGACAGCCGUGCUCAUUCCUGUCAUUCAUGUCUGUUUGUCCACCCAUCCGUGCUCGCCUGCUGUCUCUGGCCUGGAGAGAGAAAUGUUAAACGAGUCCGUCAUUACCCACUCAACACAAAUCACGUCCGAGCUGUUGCUGCUGUGAGCCUAAAAAAACAAAAUCAGAGUUAAAAAAAAAAAAAUAAGGCGCUCAGCAGACUGUCAAAAAAAAUCAGCUUAUUUUUCAUUUAUGUUUCGUCAUUUCACCACACUGAACAGCUAAACAGAGUACUGCCAGCUCACCUGUCUCUUCUCAUCAUGCUUGUGGAAACCACCCUCCUCUGAAGAGGGUGGAUUCACCUUUCUCACCUGCACCUGUCUUUUUGCUUCACUACACCUCAGACUGUGAUCCUUCAGUCCUGCUGCAUCUGCUUAGUGCUUGAAGUUGUCCUGCUCUCUUUACAUCUGAGGGUUUAAGCUUCUGGUAUGUCUGUACUGUGGUUCAUGAAGCCCAAACCUCUGGGGAAGGUGAGGCGACGGGUUCAGGAUCUCCGCAUCCCCUCCUCCUCACUAUGCGUCUUCUCACCGGACAGACCCGUGCUGGACCUGAGUCACAACGAGAGCGCUAGACUUGCAGUGGACAGCCUGCUUAGUCAGGGCUUGACGGGAUACCAUGAAGCUUUGAAGACAGAGGGAGAAGUGGAUUUUCUAUCACAGCCAGAGAAGAAUUACAUUCUGGAAAACAGGACAAAUGGCAACACAGUUACAAGUGCACCAGAAGAAGAAGGCUUGUCUGCUGGAUGCCAGUUUUCUUCACCAUCUUCCAUGAUGUCAACAGACAGCAGCUCCACCGUAGAAGAGAUGCAUCUGUUAAGUCCAGAAGAUAUGAAACCCAUGGAUCCUCCUUGCAACAAAAGUACUGAGAUUUUCCUGAGUAGAGCAGCUGGUAUGAAAGAUCUGGUUCGACAAUUCAUCAGUAAAGCUGAGCAGAGCCUGGUGGUGGUAACAGACAGCUUCAGCGACACUGAGCUGCUGUGUGACCUUCUGGAGGCGAGCAGGAAGAGAAACGUGUCGGUUUAUCUGCUGCUGGAUCUUCUCAACCUGGACCUGUUUCUUAGCACAUGGAAAGACCAUCAACUCAACAGCAAAGACUUCCCUAAGCUGUCGGUGAGAAGUGUUCAAGGCCAGACUUACUGUUCCAAAACAGGAAGGAAGCUCACAGGUCAGAUUGCUGAGAGUUUUAUCAUCACUGACGGCGCUGAGGUGCUCACAGGUUCAUACAGUUUCACGUGGCUGUCCUGGCAGGUCCAUCGGAGUCUUGCUGUCCUCCUGAAGGGGAGCCCCAUCAAACCUUUCCAUCAGGAGUUUCACAGACUUUACUCCCGCUCUGAGUCGGUUGCUGGGUUUGUCACCUUCCUCCCAGCCCCACUCACUCCUCAUCUUCACUCAUCUACUGCAGCUCAGAAUAGUGACGUCGGUAAGCAAAGAUCAAAACAAACCAAGACGGUGCAUCACUGGGAGGGUAAUGGAGCCAGGAGACAAUCCUGGACCAAUUCAACAACAACCCUUUUGACUGGAGAAGCUCCUGGGGAAAAUGGUGAUAAUCAGCCUCCUUUGCUGCAAACCUGUUUGGCCGAACCAGGAGCGAAGGGUAAAAAACAAAGUCCAGCGGUGGAAAAGCCACAGAACACGACGGCUCCUGAUCAGACCUCCUCGAGCUUGGUUCCUCAUCUCAUCAGCUGUUCCAUCAGUCCUGCAGCUGAGAAGAAGUGGAUCAAAGAGCCAAAUACUGCUUCCAAGUACGAGUGGCUACAGAAGAAAACCUCCAACCUCAGCCCCCUUGGCUUUCAUGCGUUCAGACAUUCAGGGUUCACUGAAGCCUCAAAUAAACAAGGUCACUGGAAUAAAUUCAACUUUCAACAAAAUAGAGAAGUUCCACCUGAUAACUCCAACUUAUACCCCGCCUUACAAGCAAAUCCCAUCCUUCAGUCUGCUUUUAGCAGUUCCAGAAGCCAAGCGCCCGGCCUGCUCAGCUCACAGCCCAACUCCGACUUCUCAUGUCAACAGCCUGCACGGAUGGUAACUCAUCUCAAGACACAAGCAGAGCUCAAGCUGUAUCUGCCAGGUCCAAGCGCCAAUACCCCCCUGCAAACCCGCAUGUACCAGCGGGGAAAUCUACAGAGAUCCAACUGGGCUCAGCAGAAUUACCCAUCUGUAGGCUCCAGAGAUGUGGUGAGACACCACUCUUUCAGUGGCAUUCACGUGACAGAACAGCUGGGGUGGAGGCCACUCCAGAGAACAGUGAACGCAUCGCUGGAAAGAAGCAAGAGCAUGAAUGAGAGAGGCACAGCAGGCCACUGAGCGCAGUGUAGACUUCAAACGUUUGUGUAAAUGCUGUUUACAGACUUUAAAAUCACGUAGAAAAAGUCAUAA